GCGGGCUUGCCGGCCCGACCCGACCCGGCCCGGCCGCCGGGAGAAGUUUGCCCGGCCGAGCGCGGGGCGCGGAGCGGGGCCCAGAAGUUGCGGCGGCGGCGGCGGCGGGGGGCAGCGAUGAAGCUGAGCCGCCAGUUCACCGUGUUCGGCAGCGCGAUCUUCUGCGUCGUCAUCUUCUCCCUCUACCUGAUGCUGGACCGCGGCCACUUCGACCACCCGCAGAGCCCGCGCCGCGAGGGCACCUUCCCCAAGGGCCAGCUUUCAAUAUUGCAAGAAAAAAUAGACCAUUUAGAACGUUUGUUGGCAGAAAAUAAUGAGAUCAUAUCAAACAUACGAGAUUCUGUGAUCAAUCUGAGUGAAUCGGUCAAAGAUGGUCAAAGGAAUCCAGAGGCCAUAAAUUUCAGUCAAGGAUCCUUCUCAGAACUUCUUCCAUCUGCUCCAGUUUCCCUUGCAGUUGAUCCUGAGGAUUGCUCAUUUGCAUCAAAAAGUGGAAGUCAGGAUUCAGAUGUACAGAUGUUGGAUGUUUAUGACAUUCUUCCUUUCGAUAACCCAGAUGGUGGGGUUUGGAAACAAGGAUUUGAUAUCACAUAUAACGAGAAUGAAUGGGACAGUGAACCUCUUCAAGUUUUUGUUGUACCACACUCGCAUAAUGAUCCAGGCUGGUUGAAGACAUUUGAUGACUACUUCAGAGAUCAGACGCAACAUAUCCUAAACAACAUGAUCAUCAAGCUGCAAGAAGACAAGAGAAGGAAGUUCAUGUGGUCUGAAAUCUCUUACUUUUCAAAGUGGUGGGAUGGAAUAGAUAGCCAAAAAAAGGAUGCUGUCAAAAGAUUGAUAGAAGGUGGCCAGUUUGAAAUAGUCACAGGAGGUUGGGUUAUGCCUGAUGAGGCCUCUCCUCACUACUUUGCUUUAAUUGACCAGUUGAUAGAAGGACAUCAGUGGCUAGAGAAGAAUCUUGGGGUAAAACCAAAAUCUGGCUGGGCAGUUGAUCCCUUUGGGCAUUCGCCAACAAUGGCUUACCUUCUGAAACGCACAGGAUUUUCCAACAUGCUUAUACAGAGAGUUCAUUACUCAGUUAAAAAGCAUUUUUCAGUACAGAAGACACUAGAAUUUUUUUGGAGACAGAACUGGGAUUUGGGAUCCAGUACAGAUAUCCUUUGCCAUAUGAUGCCUUUCUAUAGCUAUGACGUUCCUCAUACUUGUGGUCCAGAUCCUAAAAUAUGCUGCCAGUUUGAUUUUAAACGUCUUCCUGGAGGAAGAGUCACUUGUCCAUGGAGAGUUCCUCCAGAGGCCAUUCAUGAUGGAAAUGUUCCACACAGGGCUUGGAUGAUUUUAGAUCAAUACAGAAAGAAGUCAAAGCUUUUUCGUACUAAAGUUCUCUUGGCUCCGUUAGGGGAUGAUUUUCGCUACACAGAGAGCUCAGAAUGGGAUCAGCAGUACCAGAAUUAUCAGAAGAUUUUUGAUUAUAUGAAUUCUCAUCCUGAUUUACAUGUUAAGGCCCAAUUUGGAACUUUAUCAGAUUAUUUUGAGGCUUUGCGUAAAGCAGGUAAUUUGGAUGAGAAGAGCAGCAAUUCAGUUUUUCCGGUUUUGAGUGGGGACUUCUUCACAUAUGCAGACAGAGAUUAUCAUUACUGGAGCGGCUACUUUACAUCGCGACCCUUCUACAAACGACUAGAUCGAGUUCUGGAAUCCUACUUAAGGGCAGCUGAGAUCCUUUACUCUCUGGCAUUAGUACAGUGCAGGAAAUCUGACAAGAUGAAUGCCUUUCCUUCAGUGGAUCAUUAUAAGUUGUUGACAGAAGCUAGAAGGAACCUAGGACUCUUUCAACACCAUGAUGCCAUCACUGGAACAUCCAAAGAUUGGGUAGUUGUGGAUUAUGGCACUAGGCUUUUCCAUUCAUUAAUGAAUUUGAAGAAGGUGAUAGUUGACUCUGCCCAUGUUCUUAUCCUAAAGGACAAAGAUACUUAUAACUACAAUCCAUCAACUCCAUUCCUUAAGAUGGAUGAUGUUCAGUCCUCACAAGAUUCUCUGCCACACAAGACUGUUAUAAAGUUGAGUACGCAGCCCAAGUACCUUUUGAUUUAUAAUCCAACAGAACAAGAGCGGUUCUCAGUAGUUUCAGUGAAUGUGAAUUCACCCAAAGUUAAAGUAUUAUCCCCAUCUGGAAAACUUGUUAUGGUCCAGGUUUGUGCUGUUUGGGGUGGAACUACUACAGUAUCACAUGAAUCAUAUCAGAUUUCUUUUGUGGCACAUCUGUCACCUCUGGGGUUGGGAGUUUACCAACUUUUGGAGGUUCCAAGUUCAGAAACAGUCUUUGCUGAUUAUAACAUGUAUAUUAGUGGAAGCAACAAUAUAAAGGUGAUCCCAGAUAGCAUUUUCAAGAUAAACGAGAUGCAAAAUGGUGUGGAUGACAUAAUUUUAGAGAACUCCUAUAUGAAACUGUGGUUCUCUGGGAACUCUGGACUUUUGGAGAAAAUAACCACAAAAGAAGAUGGCAAAAAUCAUCAAAUAAAGAUUGAGUUUGCUUGGUAUGGAACCACAAGUAACAGAGAUAAGAGUGGAGCUUACCUCUUCUUACCAGAUGGAGAGGCCAAGCCUUAUAUAUUCACUGAUCCACCUACUGUGAGAGUUACUCAUGGAAGGAUUUUCUCAGAAGUAACAUGUUUUUUCCAUCAUGUGACACACACAGUGCGACUGUAUAAGGUUCAGGGGUUAGAAGGCCAGUCCCUUGAGGUUUCCAAUAUUGUGGACAUUAGAGGAGAGUACAAUCGUGAGAUUGCGAUGAGAAUUUCAUCUGACAUAAACAGUCAAAAUAGGUUUUACACUGACCUUAAUGGAUAUCAGAUUCAGCCCAGACUUACAAUGAGCAAAUUGCCUCUUCAAGCAAAUGUCUAUCCAAUGACAACAAUGGCUUAUAUCCAGGAUGAUGGAAUUCGGUUGACACUUCAUUCUGCUCAGUCUCUGGGUGUUGCAAGCUUGAAAAGUGGCCAAUUGGAAGUAAUCAUGGACCGUCGACUUAUGCAGGAUGACAACCGUGGCCUUGGACAAGGUGUCCAAGAUAAUAAGAUUACAGCUAAUCUCUUCCGACUUCUACUAGAGAAAAGACAUGGAGUAGAUGCGAAAGAAGAGAAGUCAUCAGUGAGUUUUCCCUCUAUUCUUAGCCAUAUAACUUCUACUUUCAUAAAUCAUCCUCUAAUUCCAAUGACUACGUAUGCGGACUCAGGAGCUCCACAGAUGCUGAAUGUCUUUUCUCCAUUUACUUCUUCCAUGCCUUGUGACAUACAUGUGGUUAAUCUAAGAACAAUACAAUCAAAGGCAGAUUCUGGGCCAUCUGAUGAAGCAGCCCUGAUCCUUCACAGAAAGGGAUUUGAUUGUAGACUCUCAAACAGAGAGAUGGGGCUACAGUGUUCAACCACUCAGGGAAAGGUAAAGGUGCACAAACUCUUUAAUAAGUUCAGUGUUGAAAGUCUCAUACCUGCAUCUUUAUCUUUGAUGCAUUCACCUCUGGAUGCCAGAAAUAUAAGUGAAAUCAAUAUGAAUUCUAUGGAGAUAAAUACCUUCCGGAUUCGACUGAGAUGAAACCUGGCUUUAAUAUUCAGAUAGUGAAGAGGAAUCUGCAAUUACAUCUCCAAGUUUGACGUGCAAUAAGAAGCACAUUGUUAUUCCAGCUUCUGGAUACUGUGAGAAGACAUGCAUUUUAGAAUUUUUUUGACCAACACAGUGAAAAGCCAUGUUGCAAAUGACUUUUUUGUUUUUACAUAAAAUACCAACAUCAGUAUAAGUUAAUGCAACACAUGAAGACAUUUCUAAGGAUGUUAACCUCUCUCAAAUUGAAUCUCAGGUUAAAUGCUAAAUAACAAUUUAAGGUUUUUUUAUUUUGAAGGGCGGGGAUUGGAUCUUAAAUUACUUGUAUUGCUGAUCCUUGAUUAAAUUAUAUACAAAUAAUUGCAAUGUUGAAAUCUCUAAUGCAGCUUGGCAUUGAAAUGAAAUAAAAAGCUCUUGGGUAAAAGCUAAUGUCCAAAUAUUUGCAAUCAUUUAUAUGUGACAAUAAUCUCAAUUUAUUCUUUAUUAAAUUUAACUUUUUUCCAUGGAAUGGAGAUUUGAAUUCUGUGAUCUAGUGAAAGCCAGGAGUCUCUGUGAUAUAAGUGAUGGUAGAUUUUAAUACUACCACCCACUUUGAGAAUUAUGUUGCUUAAAAACCAUGGAAUUUUAAGUUAAUUCUGCAAUGAAAAAUAAAAUAAAUGUUUAAUAAAACUCCCAUUUUAGUACUUGACACAUUGGGAUAUGUGCAAUUAUUCCAUCAUCAUAUAGAUAAAAAAAAAAAAAAAAGUCAAUCCAUAAAAUCACAAAUACAAGAUUUUUUUUACAAAACUCAUUUGAAUACUGAUGUUCUCUGAAAUGGGUUUCUAUUCCAGGAUUACCAUAUCAAGAUAAAUGUGCCUUAUUUUUGUAUAUGUCUUGUUACUAUUUUGGUGUCCACAUUACUGUUUUUGGGGAAGGGUAGUUUAUAUAAUACUUAAACUGUGUAUCUUCUAUUUGACAAUGCUGGCCACUCUCUGAUCUAUGUCCUCCUGCACCAAAUUUGUGCUAUGUUACUAUGAAUAUUUUGACUCUUUGAAUGUAUUAAAAUGAUGUCAUGAAACAAAAUAUUGGAAGGAUAAGAUAUGCUGUUAAAUUUAAAUUCAGCAACUAUCAAGGAAUCUGCACCUUGCUGCAAAGAUUUGAUAGUGUGCAAGACAGUUUGCAAAACCCAUCAUACAAUGUGUAUUUGCAUUUCAGAGUUUGUGAACUGUGCAUUGAGAAUCAUGUGCCUAUAUUUUAAAAAUGCCACUUUUCAAACCCAAUAAUCACACAUACAUUGCCAAUGUUUACCUUACUGAGGAAUAGCUGCUUAUUCCUCUCACAUAAUUUUUACCAUACCAAGUAUUUUGCAUUGAAUGCUGAAGCCAUGUGCGUAUGAAAAUUAUUUCCCUGAAUAGAGCUACUGUUUACAAUUAAAACAUACUAAUUUGCAUUUGAUUAUGAUACCCCAUCCUGAUCUUCCUUAAUCGUCAUACCUCUGACUUUCUGUCGUGCUUAGGCUUUACUUAUGCAUUCAGCAAUGAUUAUCUUUAAUACUAAUAGAUUAACAACUCUUCUUAACUGGAAAAUACUAGUAUUUCCUAAACAUAACUGUCUGCUGUACUAAUUUAAUUGGAUCAUUUUGGUGCCGUGGUAUAUCAGAUUUGUAGCUAUACAUCCAAUUUUAAAGAUACAAAUAAAAGUAAAAUUUUAAUUUAAUGUAUUGUCACGGUUUGGAUCUCUUUAUCAUGAUUGAAUAGUUUCCUUAAUUCAAUCUGCUCUAUAUUUUAUAAUUAAGAAUUAAAUAUUUAGCAGGAUUUGGUGCAAGUUAAGUGAAGAACAGAAAAAUCACUAACCAUUUAGUGGAAAAGUUAGAACUAUAUUUAAGUAUAUAAAGCAGAAAGUGGAUGUUUCCAUGCAAUAAACAUGUACUGUAAGUCUUGGUAACAGUAUUGGAAAUUAUUUCCCUUUUAGUUGAAAUUUGCAGAUUGGUAGACUUACCAGCAGAAAGUUCUAGUAGUAAUAUUUUUGGUUGCAUCUUUAGAAUGAAAAUGUUUGAGACCUCUGUGCAUUCUGUGCAAAGAGGAUACUUGAAAUACUAUCUUAAAUUCUGUUAAGCAGAAAAGUAAAACUUUGAUGCAAUAAAUUUUAAAAGUAUUCUUGCCUGUUGGACUUGUUUCCAGAGGACCUGUUUCAUAUCAUUAAUAAUUGUAUUAUCUUCUUCAUUUGUCAUCAGCUGUACAAUCAUGAUGCCUGAAUACUCCUUAACCAGCAGAAAUCUCUUUUGUUCAAGUAUAUUCUAAAAUUGUUUUACAUAAAAAAGAAUUAAAUGCCUUCUGUUUGUAUUAUAAGUUUAUGAUGAAGUAAUGACUUGGAGUUAAUUUGAAACCCAGUACUAAACUUUUGAGCUCAGUCAAAACACCAAUCAAAAUUAGUGAAGAGAUUUUCACUUUAAUUGGUACGAGAUUGGGCUGUUGCUAUUUUCCAUAUCUCCUGUAAAAACUGACUCAAUACUUUAAUUGCAAUACUUCACUUCUGGUGGCACUUGAUUUUCUGUACAUUUGCAAUCUAAUCAUAUUCCUUUGUAUCUUUUCUAACCCUUAAAGCUGCUCGUAUUUUAACUACUGGUUAAGAGAGCCAAGCAUCUUUGUUUUACACAAAUAUGGAUUUAGAGAAAACGCUGUACAGGGAAUGAUUUAAAACAUUGUAAUUAUUUUCAUAUCAGAGUUGUACCUGUCCUUAAGGUUUUUUUUUCUUCACAUUCCCAUAUCCUAUAUGUCUUUGAUUUUUCUUGACCAUGCUGUCUCUGAAACAAACCGAUUUAAAUUGAAGGUUUUUGAUAUUUUCUCUUGGAAGGUUUUAUAUCUUUUGGGGAAAUGUAAAAUAAGAUCUCUAAUAAAAGAUAAUCUGAUUGUGUUA